UGUACUUUAAUCUAAAUUUGCCAUAUUUUUUUAUAUUGUAUAUUUAUUUAAUUUGAGUUAUGUUGAAUUUGUUAUAAUAAAACAAAUGUAAUAAUAUUUGUUUCAACACUAAGCCCCCCUCCCCCUGUCCAGACGGCCUGUCACGCGGCAGUAGCAUGGGGAAACCUGUGGGCGGAGACUGUGACCUAAUUCUGGCCAAUGGGAGGCCGGGAGAGGCAGCGAGUGACCUAGAUUCAGCCAAUCGCGACGCGGCAGGGUGCCGGUAGGCAACAGUCGGCGCGUGCCGGAGCCAUGUGCUUCCCGAGCGCGCGAGGCAGACCGGGACAUUUAACCAGGAGAAAAACAGAAGAACGUGACUGUGUUACCGGGGUUUAGAGACCGGAAAUACAAAGAUUUAAAAACGCAACGCAGUCCGGUUGUUUUAUGUAGAAAAACACGUAUUAAUUUACACGGAAAAAAAGAAAAUAUUUAUAUAAAUAUAAAAAAUAUUUUGGUGCAAAAUGUUAUUUUCUCACACAAAAAAACGUUAGAGAUACGUCAUAUCCGGCCAGUUUGUUUGAGCUAACUGAAGGAAAGCGAACCGCAUCCUGACGUCUCAGGAAUCUUUUUAUUUGUUUAAUUAUUUGUUUAGGGAUUGACUCGCUGUUGUUUUGGCCUCCCUGUUUUAAAAAUGACAGCGUGAGAGAAGAAGAAGGGGCGGGGUGCGUUCACGGUCCAUCCAGGAAAGAGCUGGGCUUGGGUGGGCGUGGAUUAGCGAGCAGCAGCCCCAGCUGCAGGCAGCCAUUGGCUGAACCCGCGGGGAGGUGUUGUACUUUAUGCAAAUGAGCGUUGCGUUUAAGUACAUACCGGAGGGAUAGGAACGCGCGCACACUUGUGAAAGGAGAACUGGUAGUGAUACGACGUUUUAUAUAAAAUAGGAAUAUAUAUAUAUAUAUAUAUGAAUAUAAAAUAAAUAGGGGUGAAUUCUCCUUUUAAUAUUGUAUGUUUCACCUUUUAAAAAGUGCAAUCGCACGUUUCACGUCUGUAAAGGUUCAAAUUAACCAGUUUUCCCAUGGACCCGUGAACGCGGAGCGCGUUGCCGAGGCCACGGGGACAGGAGGGGGAAAGUGAGGGGGGCGUGGCCUCCCUAUGCAAACGAUCCACGCCCCCAAGAGCCUUUCACCCCCACCCCCCGUGAGCGGUGACGUCACACGAGCGGCCCGUGUUUGUUCCAGCUGACUAGCGGGGAGAGAGGGAGAGAGAAAGAACAACGAAAAUAGAGAGAGAGAGAGGGAGGGAGGGAGAAAGGGGGAGAGAAAGGGAGGGAGGAAAAAUAAGAGCCAUCAGUCUCAUCUAUCUGACUCACAUACUACUGGAUAUUAUUUUUUUUUUUGGGGGGGGAGGGUUUCUCUUUAUUUCCUUAAUCUUAUAUUUUUCUCGCUCAUAUUUAAUCACAAGUUGUUUUUAUUCUCCGGAGCUCUGCCGCCGCCUCCGGUUCUCGACUCACUGCCGGGACUCCGCCGCCGCUUCACGCCGCUUCUCCUUCUUUUAUUUCUCCACCUCCGGACUAAGAUUGCCCCCCCCUACCAUCGAUCGAUCAGACCGGACCCCCCAGGGCUGAGUUUAUGAGUGUUUUCCCACAAACUCGGGAAGGAUAAGUGGAGGGGGGGCGGUGGGGGGGGGGGGGGUUGGGAGACUUCACUCGCUGCAGAGCUCCGGGAUUCAAUCGGUCUUCGCCGUGCGCGUGCAAGAGUGCAUAGCCGAGUUAGUUCAAAUAUAAUUUUUACAAAAUAAAUAGAAAGCCUGUCGCGCGGGUCCGCGCGGCCGGCGCAGGAUGCUGUCGCGCGCGGACAUGGUGCCAUUUUGGAGAUAAGUGCCCCCUUCGCUCUUUUUUUUCUUCUCCCUCUGUUUUUUUUUUUUUUUUUUUGCACACAUAUUUGUUCUUCUUCAUGGGACGGGAGGACCAGCGGGACGCCAGGUGGAGGUCUUCCUGAGCGCGCUCGCACCUUUCGACGUCGCGCCUGUCAAUUAGUGACGCUAAUUGGAUUAUUGUGAUCUUGAACUCACCGUCUUGCAGGUUCCGCUCCCCCCCCCCCCAUCCCUCCCCCCAGAAACUCCUUCCUCCUCUUCCUCUCCUGGAAGUUAUGUCAAGGCCUCUCACUCAGCUCCUGCCGCCGGACCUCCCCUCCGGGGCCACCAGCCCGCAGUUUGGGUCCAGCAGCCCGGCCGGAAGUGGCCCCCAAGGCGGACAGCUGACCUCCAUGACCAACCUGAAGACGCUGCUGCAGCUGCCAAUCAAGGCCGACCAGAGAGCCAAGGACUGCUGCGAGAUGAAAGACAAAGACAAGCCCUCAGAGGCCGAGGGAGACUCGCAGAGCAACGGCAGCGGCAACGGCAACGGCAACAACAGCAGCGGCAGCGGCGGCGGCUCCGGACCUGGAGCCGGAGCCGGAGGGGCCCCCGGGUCCGGCGCCUUGCGGCCCGGCUCCCACUCGGCGUUCCUGGGCCCCCUGCUGUGGGAGCGGACCCUGCCGUGUGACGGGGGCCUGUUCCAGCUGCAGUACAUGGACCUGGAGGAGUUCCUGACGGAGAACGGCAUGGGGAUGCACGGCAACGGGCCGAGCUCCACCAGCGCCAUGAUCCCCUCACAGAGUUCCCAGUCAGCGGUGCCCAACCAGAGCUCCCAGUGCCCUCCCACCUCUCCGCCCUGCUCCUCCUCUUCCUCCACCUCCUCCAUGUCCUCUUCUUCCUCCUCUUCCUCGCUGCUGGGACUGGAGACCGUCCAGCCGCAACCUCCACCGCCGCCGCCGCCACUGCCACCGCAACAACAACAACAGCAGCCGCCGCCACCAUCGUCCCCGCCGCCGCCGCCGGGGACGAUGGGAGAACCCGAGUGUCAUCAUGGUGGUCGGGCGGUACCUCAGGACCAGUCCCCCACCUCCACCUGCCCUCCGGGCCCCCUCGGGCCCCUGGAGGCCACGGCCGGCGGCGGCGACAUCUCUGUGAACUUUGACCCCGACCCGGCGGACCUGGCGCUGUCCAGCGUGCCGGGCCAGGAGGCGUUCGACCCGCGGCGGCACCGCUUCUCCGACGAGGAGCUGAAGCCUCAGCCGAUGAUCAAGAAGGCCCGCAAGAUGCUGGUCCCCAACGAGCAGAAGGACGACAGGUACUGGUGCCGGCGCGUGAAGAACAACGAGGCGGCGAAGCGCUCGCGCGACGCCCGCCGGCUGAAGGAGAACCAGAUCUCGGUGCGCGCCGCCUUCCUGGAGCGGGAGAACGGCGCCCUGCGGCAGGAAGUGGCCGACAUGCGGAAGGAGCUCGGCCGCUGCAGGAACAUCAUCCACAAGUACGAGAGCCGGCACGGAGACUUGUGAGGAGGAGGAGGAGGAGGAGGAGGAGGACCCCCCAACAACAGCAGCACUUUAGUGGAAGGCCGGCGUAGAUCUUCAGUCGGCGCCGUGCGCCACCGGGGGGCGCCGACACGACGAGUAAAAAAAGUGCGCUCGCGCUGUGACGUCACGACAGGAAAUGCACAGCGACGCCAUCUUGUUUUUUCUUCUCCCCCCCCCCCCCCCCCCGUCACCUCAGGGUCACGUCGGGGUCACCUCACCGUCUUCUACGUCGCCUCGCAGAAAGUGCCCCCCCCCCCCCCCCCUCCGGUGCCGGGUUCAAACAGGGUGUCGAGUUCACACUAUGCCAGUGGAGUCUCACUUUAUUAGCUCAAGGCGCGGAUUCAAGCCAAUCGGGUGGGAGGGGGGAGGAGUCAGGAAGGGGGAGGAGUCAGGAGGUGAGAUGCGUAAUUCUUUUCUAUAAACAAAAAACAUGUAUAUUUUUGGAAGUGGGAAGGAAGGAAAGACUAGUCCAGCAAAAAUGAGGAGGAGGAGGAGGAGGAGGAGGUGCAGGGUUUUCAUCCAUAAAGCAGAGAUUUUGACAAAAGGAUUAUUGUAUAUUUUUCUAUUAACAGAGAAUAGUGAGGAGGAGGAUUUAUGGAGAUAAUCUUUUUGUAUAUUUUAUAUACGGGUCGGGGGAGGGGCUGGACAGUCGGAGGAGGGGAGAGGAGGGGGGAGGAGGGGGGGCUCCCAGCUGUUUAUCAAAACAAACAGAUGAAUCUAUUGUCUUCAGCGAGCUGGUUGGCGGCGCAGGAGAAUGUAUCACGUAGAAUCAGGUAUUUCACACGAGGCGCGUCUGAGGAACGAUUGUUAUUGGUUGAUGGAGAGAGAGGGGGGAGGGGGAGAGGGGGGAGGGGGGCAGUUGUAUAGUUUUAAGAACUCUUUUGUGUUUUGGUUUCUCUCCGCGGGCUCAAAGCACGUCGUUGUAUCUUCUUUUCGAUUCCCCGUCCGAUUGAUUCUGAUUACUGUUUAUUAUGAUCGCAGGACUUUGAUUUGUUGAAGGUGAAGGGAGGGAGAGGGAGGGGGAGAGGGAGAG